ACAUGUCUUUCUCUCUCUAGACUUACCUUAUCUCUUCCUGCCCUCUUAUUGCUCAUCAUCUCCCUUAUUUAUUUCCGCACUUUCCUAAAGGAUUUUAUGCUCCCUUCUUCAUCAAUCAAUCCCCUUUUACUGCUUUCUUUCUUUUAAUAAUAGGUUUCUCUGCAUGUGUGUGACUGGGUUAUUUCUAAAUUAGUUUGGCUUAAUCAUGUGCUCAUUCAAAUCCCUAUUUUUCGUGAUUUACAUGCUAUAUUAAUUCCUCUGCCAUUUGAUUUGAUUUGAUUUCAUCACCCAGUUCUUGCUUGUGAUUUUCUUUUCUUUUCAUUUCGAAUUGGGUUUUUCAAUUUUGGUGAUUUAUUUUUGUUUUUGCAACUCUUAGAAGUUCAUAGAUGAUUGAUUAGCCUUUCGAUCGUAAUAUUGUAUUGUCAUACUUGUCUGUGUUGUGUUUUUGCUAUACAGUGGUCAUGUUUUUAGUGCGUCAAAAGGGAUGUUUCAAUCUCAGGCUUUGUCAUAAUGAAUACUAGGAGGCUUUAUUGUGAUUUGGGGGGUAAUUAAGUACUAUACUUUAAUCUUUUGUCCCGGUGGUCUUUGAUUCCCCUUUUCUUUCUGUUGCCCCCACAUAUUUUUCUUUUGUCUCCUAGAAAUGGCAAGGCAGUGGAGUUCUCAAAUCCGAAAGCUAUUGCACUUGCUACUGAUGAUUUGUUUAACGAUGAUUGUUGUCUCCGUCGAGUCGUUAAACGAAGAGGGGACUAUUCUUUUGGAGUUUGAACGAUCCCUUGGUGACCCCAAUAAUAAUCUCCAAAGCUGGAAUUCAUCAGAUUUGAAUCCUUGCAAUUGGAGUGGUAUAGGGUGUAACAAUGAUUUUAAGGUAGCUUCUAUACACCUAAGUUGCCUUAAUUUGUCAAAUAAUUUGCCAUCGACCAUUUGUAAGCUCCCUUACUUAACUGAGUUGAAUGUGUCAAAGAACUUCAUUUCCGGUCCCAUUCCCGAUCUUUCUUCUUGCCAUAAUCUUGAGAUUCUCGACCUUUGCACCAAUAGGUUUCAUGGAGAGUUUCCAACCCAACUCUUAGAAAUCACCUCCCUCCGAGAGCUUUAUUUGUGUGAGAAUUAUAUGUAUGGAAAAAUUCCAGAGGAGGUUGGAAAUUUAAAAUUGCUCGAAGAGCUUGUCAUUUACAGUAACAAUCUCACUGGGAUGAUCCCCUUGUCAAUUCGUAAGCUGAAAAGUCUUAGGAUUAUCAGGGCAGGUCUAAACUUGUUAUCAGGUCCAAUUCCUGCAGCAAUUAGUGAAUGUGAGAGCUUGGAGGUACUCGGGUUGGCACAGAACAAACUAGAGGGUGCAUUUCCUGUAGAGCUUCAGAGGCUUAAAAAUCUAACCAACUUGAUCCUUUGGCAGAACCUUUUGUCUGGUGAGAUCCCUCCUGAGAUUGGGAAUUUUAGUAGCUUGCAGCUGCUUGCUUUGCAUGACAAUUCCUUCAGUGGAAGCCUCCCCAAAGAGCUUGGAAAGCUAACCCGGUUGAGAAGAUUGUACAUUUAUACCAACCAGUUAAAUGGAACAAUUCCGUGGGAACUAGGGGGUUGUAGAAGUGCAAUUGAGAUAGAUCUUUCUGAAAAUCUGUUAAGUGGGUUUAUUCCAAAAGAGUUGGGUCAGAUUCCUAAUCUCCGCUUGCUUCAUCUUUUCGAGAACCUACUGCAGGGAAGUAUACCCAAGGAGCUUGGACAAUUGAAACAGCUGCAGAAGUUAGAUCUGUCCAUAAACAAUUUGACAGGUACAAUCCCAUUUGAAAUUCAGAAUCUCACAUAUUUGGGAGAUUUACAACUUUUUGACAAUCAUCUUGAGGGUAAUAUUCCUCCUCUCAUUGGAGCUAAAAGUAACCUCUCUAUUCUUGACUUGUCUGCCAAUAAUCUCAUAGGUAGCAUACCUGCCUACCUUUGUAAGUUCCAGAAGUUGAUGUUUUUGAGCCUCGGGUCAAAUAGAUUAGCUGGAAACAUUCCCCAUGGUAUAAAAACUUGCAAUUCCCUAGUGCAGCUAAUGUUAGGAGAUAACCUCUUUACAGGAAGCCUCUCUGUUGAACUAUCAAAACUUCACAACCUUUCUGCCCUUGAACUCUAUCAGAACCGAUUCUCAGGGCUUAUACCCCCAGAAAUAGGACAGCUAGGAAUUUUAGAGAGGCUGCUCUUAUCAGAUAACUAUUUUGUUGGGCAUAUCCCUCCUGAGAUUGGAAAAUUGGUGCACCUUGUUACUUUCAAUAUCUCAUCUAAUCGGCUCUCUGGGAGUAUUCCUCAUGAGUUGGGGAAUUGUAUUAAGCUACAGCGGCUUGAUGUUAGCAGGAACUGGUUCACUGGGUAUCUUCCAAAUCAACUUGGCAAGUUAGUGAAUCUAGAAUUGCUUAAGCUGUCUGAUAAUAGAUUGUCUGGGCCAAUACCUAGUACCUUAGGGGCUCUGGCACGACUUACCGAGUUGCAAAUGGGGGGUAACAUUUUUUCUGGCAGUAUUCCUGUUGAGCUGGGUCAACUUACUACUCUCCAGAUUGCCCUCAACAUUAGUCAUAACAUUCUUUCUGGAUCAAUUCCAGACAACCUGAGGAACUUGCAGAUGCUGGAAUCUCUCUACCUGAAUGACAAUCAACUUGUUGGUGAAAUUCCUGCUUCAAUUGGUGAGUUGAUGAGCCUCCUGGUAUGCAACCUUUCUAACAAUAAUCUCGUGGGAACAGUGCCAAACACCCCCGUUUUUCGAAGGAUGGAUUCUAGCAAUUUUGAUGGAAACAAUGGGUUGUGCUGGCCGGGUUCCUACCAUUGUCAUCCAUCUACAACCCCAUCAUUUACUCCAAAGUCAAGCUGGUUAAAAGACGGUUCUUCAAAAGAAAAAAUAGUGAGUGUUGUCUCUGUGAUUGUCGGACUGAUCUCUUUGACUUUUAUUGUCAGCGUUUGUUGGGCUAUAAAGCGCCGAAGGCCUGCUUUUGUUUCACUUGAAGAUCAAUUGAAGCCUGACAUGUUAGAUAGCUAUUACUCUCCCAAAGAAGGAUUUACAUAUCAGGACCUUAUGGAAGCUACUGGAAAUUUUUCGGAAUGUGCAGUCAUAGGAAAGGGAGCAUGUGGGACUGUCUACAAGGCUAUGAUGGGUGAUGGUAUGGUGAUUGCUGUUAAAAAGUUGAAGUCCCGUGGAGAAGGAGGCAGUGUUGACAGCAGCUUCCAAGCUGAGAUAUCAACUCUUGGAAAGAUUAGGCACCGUAAUAUUGUGAAGCUCUAUGGCUUCUGCUACCACCAGGACUCUAAUCUUCUCUUGUAUGAGUUCAUGUCAAAGGGGAGCCUAGGAGAACAACUUCAUGGGACUGGGCAAACAUGUCCACUAGACUGGAAUGCUCGAUAUAGAAUUGCUCUUGGUGCAGCAGAGGGUUUGUGCUAUCUGCAUUACGAUUGUAAGCCCCAAAUCAUUCAUCGUGAUAUAAAAUCCAACAACAUUUUACUGGAUGAAAUGCUUCAGGCGCAUGUUGGUGAUUUUGGCUUGGCAAAGUUGGUUGACUUCCCAUACUCAAAAUCCAUGUCUGCUGUUGCUGGUUCAUAUGGCUACAUUGCCCCUGAAUAUGCUUACACAAUGAAAGUAACAGAGAAAUGUGACAUCUACAGUUUCGGCGUUGUCUUACUGGAACUGAUUACUGGGAGGUCUCCAGUUCAACCCCUCGAUCAGGGAGGGGACCUUGUCACUUGGGUCAGAAGAUCGAUUCAUGAUGUUGUCCCCACAUCAAAGAUAUAUGACAAGCGGCUGGAUCUGAGUUCAAAAAGGACAAUUGAAGAGAUGUUCCUAGUUCUCAAGAUUGCAGUGUUCUGCACCAGCACAUCCCCACUUAAUAGGCCAACAAUGAGAGAGGUAAUUGCAAUGUUGAUAGAUGCUAGGGAGGCUGUAAGCAUUUCACCAUCAUCUCCAACAUCAGAAACCCCUUUAGAUGAAGAUGAUUCACAUAAAGGUUAUAUGGAGCCAUAGGCUCCACUCUAUCUGAAAGGAGGAGCUUGCGAUGUUCAUGGUGAUUCUAACCUCUUCAUUCAGGUCAUAAGUCUCAUUUUGGUAGCAAAAUACAAUAAAGACAUCACGUCCCAUCUGCUGUCUUAAAUUAUUUAUUGUGUAUCCUGCUCUGCCUGACUUCAAUUAAGGUUAGAUAAGAAGCAGUUUAUUCUAACUGUAUAAAAGGAAAACAUUGCUCUAGCUUAAUCCACCAAUCAUAAUGAGCAUCUCUCUUUAUAUUUA